GCGGCGGCGGGCUCCGCGCCGCACCGGGCAGGAAGGGGUGGAGCGGCCGGCGGAGCGCACGGGCGGGGUGCUGCGGGCGGGGAGGCAUCCCGGCCAUGCUGAAGCCGGGCGGGCGGGCGGCGCCGCGCCUCCCCGGAGCGCUCCCCAUGGAGCGGCUGCCCGGCCAGCCCUGAGCCGGCGGCCCCGGCCGCCCGCCCGCAGCCGCCCCCGAUGGAGCCCGAGGAGCGGAAGAUCUCGGUGUGGAUCUGCCAGGAGGAGAAGCUGAUCUCCGGGCUCUCCCGGCGGACCACCUGCUCGGACGUGGUGCGGGUGCUGCUGGAGGACAGCCACCACCGGCGGCAGCGGCCGGCGCCGCCCGAGCCCGGCGGCGGGAUGCUGUCGGGGCCGCCGCACUCCUACUGCAUCGUGGAGAAGUGGCGCGGCUUCGAGCGGAUCCUGCCCAACAAGACGAAGAUCCUGCGGCUCUGGGUGGCGUGGGGCGACGAGCAGGAGAACGUGCGCUUCGUGCUGGUGCGCAGCGAGGCCUCGCUGCCCAACGCGGGGCCGCGCAGCGCCGAGGCGCGGGUGGUGCUCAGCAAGGAGCGCCCCGGCCACGGCCUGGGGGCGGCCCGCGCCAGCCUGGCGCUCACGCAGGAGCGGCAGCGGCGGGUGGUGAGGAAAGCCUUCCGCAAGCUGGCCAAGAUCAACAAGAAGCGGCAGCAGCCGCUGGCCCGGGAGGCCUCGUCGGCGGAGAGGAUGGAGACGCUGGUGCACCUGGUGCUCUCGCAGGACCACACCAUCCGGCAGCAGAUCCAGCGGCUCCGCGAGCUGGACCGGGAGAUCGACCGCUACGAGGCCAAGAUCCACCUGGACCGCAUGAAGCGGCACGGCGUCAACUACGUGCAGGACACCUACCUGGUGGGGGCCGGCGCCGGGGAGCGGGAGCCGGAGCCGGGCCGGGAGCCGGGCGGGGCGGCGCGGCCCGCCGCCGGCCGCCCCGAGGAGGACUACGCUAGGAAGUGCGAGGAGGUGCUGCGGCUGCAGGAGCAGCGGGCGCAGCAGGAGGAGCUGCUGGAGCACCUGGCCGCCGAGAUCCAGGAGGAGCUCAACGAGCGCUGGAUGAAGCGGCGGCGGGAGGAGCUGGAGCUGGCGCUGGCGGCGGCGCCCGGCCUGGCCGAGACGGACUGCGACACCACGGAGCUGAGCGGCGGCGGCGAGGGCGAGCUGCACCUGGAGCACGAGCGGGUGAAGACCCAGCUCAGCACCAGCCUCUACAUCGGCCUCAAGCUGAGCACGGACCUGGAGGCCGUCAAAACCGACCUGGACUACACGCAGCGGGCGUGGGAGGACAAGGAGCGGGAGCUGCAGCGCCUGCUGGAGACGCUGGGCACCCUGGACGUGGCGGAGGCGCCGGCGGAGCCGCGCGGGGCGGCGGGCGGGGGGCGGCCGGCCGCGGCGGCGGCGGCGGCGGCGGGGGGGAGCGGCGCGGCCGGCUGGGUGGAGCAGGCGCGGGCGCUGCGCAAGGACCGCGCCGACAACGACGAGGACUCGGACACGGGGCUGAGCUCCAUGCACAGCCAGGACUCGGACUCGGUGCCCGUCUGCGAGUCCCUCGUCUAGCGCCCGCCCGGCCGGGCCCCGCAGCGCCAGGGAUACGGGACGGGCUCCGGCCUGGCUCGCCGCGAAACCGGGCGCGGUAACGGGCGGCGCGGCCCCCGCUCUCCGCCCGGCGCCCCCGCCGGGCAGCGCGGGACGAGCUGGCCGCCGGUGCGGGGCUCGGCGGGAGCCGGGCGGGCGGAGCGAGGCCGCCGGGGCGGGCGGGGGGUGGCCGCGAACGCGCCCGGUGCGGGAGGCAGUGGCACGGAGGAAGCCUGUUAAUUUUCGCUCCGGAGCUUAAACUUGUUCUAACUAGCCGUCCGCGGGCAGCGUUUAGGCUGGCUCGCCGGUACUUUCAGCUGAGGAAGAGAAACCCACAGCGUGUUUGCGUUUCGUGCACGUCGGGGAGUGCUCGCUCCUUAAAUCCCGCCGCCCGCUUCCCUCCGAAGGUUUUCCUGCUCGGCCUUUUAAGCCCGCAGGUCCCCCCGCUCUCCCCAGCGCAGCGUCCGCUACUCCGGCUAAUCUCUUCGCCAGUAAAAGGCCAGGACGCACGCUCCGCAGGGUCGAUCGGUUAUCUCCUUCACAGUUUCUCAGCAUUGCAAAGUCAGAGGGUGGGUUAUACUGGCUGUCAUUUACAAAUACACCCGGCUCCUUUCCAGGCAAAAAGUCACCGAGACUGAAGCUGCCGGUCAUUUAAACGCUACGGAGGAAAAGACGUGUCAAUACUACUGAAACUGACGCUGGGAGCUCCCAGGGCACAAGCUUCUGGAAGAUAGUGCAGUUCCUUUCAGCAACGAAAAGGGGUGAUAAAUCACUUU